AUGAAAAAUCUUGGGAAUCAACCUACAAAAACUGAAUUAGUUGAAAAUAAAGUCUCACACAUUUCAAAGUUUUCGUGGAAAACUAGUAAAGGGAAAAUUUUGAAACUUUUUGCAUGUAUAGAGGAAGGUGAGAAGCUUAUUUUCCCAAAAUUUCAAAUUUUUUCAGUGGGAAACAGCAACAUGAAAAAUCUUGGGAAUCAACCUACAAAAACUGAAUUAGUUGAAAAUAAAGUCUCACACAUUUCAAAGUUUUCGUGGAAAACUAGUAAAGGGAAAAUUUUGAAACUUUUUGCAUGUAUAGAGGAAGGUGAGAAUCUUAUUUUCCGAAAAUUUCAAAUUUUUCCAUUAGAAAAUUACAAUAUGAGGAAUCUUGGAAAUCAACCUACAAUAACUGGAUUAAUUGAAAAUACAGUCUCACAUAUUUCAAAGUUUUCCUAA